CUUUAAUCACCUCCUGCUGUACAUGUCCGUCGGUUUGACAAGGUGGAAAAAUUGAGAAAGUUGUCCGCUAGCGGGAGUCCGCUCUGAAGUCAACAAACAUCUGUGGAAAAAAACUAGCGCCAGCUGGAAAACGUCUGCUCCUCCGAUCCCAAGAUUUUGUCUGCGUGAUAAUAGUAUUUCUUCUAGAUUAGCAUUUGCUGAUGAUGAUGCUGGGCCAUGUGCUCAUCUGCCCUGGUGAAACACAUCGAUAGAUAUGAGUAAAGAGCAUGCACGGAUCGAAAUGGACCUGGCAUUUGGAUCAACAAAGCCUUAUGGGUCCACAAGAAGUAUUGUAAGGAGAAUAGCAACUAGUCUUCCCAUCAAACCCUGUCCCAGGGUUCAUUUUCAGCUUUAUCCAUACACUGAGGAUGCUGGUGUCCUGAUUGGCAACACGAGACAGAACAACCUGGUGGCCUCUCUGGCUGAUAUUGCCUGGCUUGACAAGGAUGAUGAUGACGACGACGAAGAUUACUUUGGCAGACCCAGGUCAGGGAUCCCACAAGGACUUGCAUUUCGAGCCCACCAUCCUCAGAGAAAACCCCCAACCCGCCGGAGGUCACUACCCAGCCUACAUCAGGGAGCUCCGGACCCCCAGGGGCCAACAGUUGCAAAUGAUGAGGCCAUUCAGAAGAUCAGCGCACUGGAGACUGAACUUGCAAAACUCAGAGCUCAGAUAGCACAAAUCGUACUGGCUCAGGAAAAGAACACACAGCCAGCAGCUGCUAACACAGGGACAUCUCCUGCUCCCCCUCCUCCUGCUCCACCUCUUCCUCCUCCUCCUCCUCCUCCUCCACCACCACCCCCAAAUCUACAGCGGACAUUUUCAGCCAUUGAUUUGAUUAAAGAGCGCAGGGGGAAGAAGACAGACGGCCAGACAGCUUUGGAUUCAAGGCCAGCAGAAAUACCCAACAUGCUUGAUGUCCUGAAGGACAUGAGCAAAGUCAAGUUGCGAUCAGUUAAAAGUCGUCCAGUGGAAGAUGAUGCCAAAGUGAAGCCCAGUGAGCCGGCAGACGCUGCAGCUCUUAUCGCUGAAGCCUUGAAACGCAAGUUCGCUCAUCGCUAUCGAAACAACAGCGAACACGAUGACGUGGAAGAUUUCAAACUUCCUGUCCCAGAUGUGAAACCUCAAACUGAAACCCCUCUGUUUGGCCAGCACAUGUUGAGGGCAACUGGAAAAAGAAAGCUGCUCUGAACAGGUGGAUCUGAGCUCCAAGUCCAGAUGUUCUGUGGACACUUUAAAGUGCCUUAUUGACCUUUCAGUACCAGCUGUUUCUGUGGAAGGACAAGGGAUUUAGACUAGGGAGUUAGACUUGCUGUGCCAAGUAUCAGUCAUCUCAUAGUGUUGCUUCUGGUCAUCAUCCUGACCAUCUGUUUUUGCACUUUUAUAACUUAUAUUAGCUUUCUCUUUUACAAACAGAUUUUUUGUUUGUUUGUUUAACAGAAUGUCUUUUGUUUUUGUGUUUGAGAGUCAAGAUUUCUCACAGUUUGGUGUGAACAUGCAUGUUGAACACUACAGAAUGAUAAAAUGUUAGUUUUAUUUUUCAAUUAUUAGGUUUUCAUUUAACUGGUUGCACAUAGUUGAUCAGUUAUGCAUUCCCAUUUUUGAGGGUGUAUAAAAGCUUCUACUGCAGGAGAAAGGAGCACUUUCUGGAAUAUUGUGCUGUAAUUUUAUAUACAUGUAGACUAAUUUAUAAUUGGGAUCUAUGUAUUUAUGUUGUGGUUAAAGUAGAUAAUUUAGUUUUAACAAUUAAUUUUGUCCUAGACGUGACUGUUAUUAAUACCAGUUGUUUUCAGUCAAGUUUCAGUGUGACGUUUGAACAGAUUUUAUCUGCUGCCUGUGGAAGUUGCAUCACAUUUGCUCGUCUUGCCAAGGCUUGUAUGGUUCAAAUAUGUGCAUUACAAUUUUUAGUUUAUAUUUCUCUGAAUGAUUCACCUUUAAGAACCAAAGACAUUCCAUUUAUACCCUUCAAAAUUCUGCCAAAUUAUUCUUUUAUGUGUCCUUUUCCCUUUCUUAUUUCCCAGUUAAAAUUAUGCUUAAAUAUUUAGGAGAAUUAUGUUCCUUUUAAAGUUUCUAGUUGUAGAUAAUUAACGGUACAGGUACAUAUGCAGUGUUAUGUUGCUUUAUCGGUGCCUACCUCUGGUGACAAGAGCUGCCUUUUAUUGAGAAACACUCUCCUAAAACACUAUUCACUAAAGAAAAUACUGCAUUGUUGUAGUUCCAGUCUGUAUUGAUGGCAUAAUGGGUCCUAAGGUACUCACAGUCAUCAGUAUCCCAAAGGUAUAAAUUAUGCUUUCAAGCCAGUAAUCAUCCCAUUUUUGUGCCUCUGUUUUGAAAUGUGACACUUGCUGAGUCACGAGGUUUUAGGCAGUAUUUUGGUCAGAGUUAUUGAUUGCACAUUGUUACCGUUUCUGAUCACUGUCCAUACCAUUGUAGUUGCUGCUUCAAGUCAACUCGAUUACCUUUUAUAAGGGAAGGUGGACUGGGUGUGCCAGUAGUAAGUGACUUAAAUUACAGUUCAAUAUUUUGUAGAAGAGUUCUUUUAAAUAUAAAUUAACUUAAAAUUGUCAAAUCUCUAAAUAAAAGUUCUCUCUUGA